UCAAAAGUUCAAGAUCUGUUUUCUCAAAAAACAGUCAAAGUGAAUUUUGUUCUUUUUUUACACUAAAGUAAAAAGAACCCAAAUUUUCGAGUCGCUAAAACAAAGAAGAAAAAAACAAAUUAUAAAAAUAAUCAGGAAAAAUGACUCAUCGAUUUUCGCCUCAAAUUGUAUCUAAAAUUUGUGUAGAAAGUCAUACGUUUGAUUUAGAUUUUAGUAAGGGCGCAGGUUGGCAAGGUUUCCUGUCUUGUCAUGUUUCUGGAGCUGUUUGCUUAUGGUCUGAAGCAGAGGAAGGGUCCUAUAUCUUAGCAUCGUGUAGUCAGCAUCAUAGAAAGAGUUGUCGCACCGUUAAGUUUUUUCCUAAUGGGCAACGUUUUGUUACCGGUUCAGCCGACGGAUCUUGCCUCGUGAUAGAUACGAAUAGUAGAGGUUUAUGGUCAUCUUCUACACAAGUCUCAAAUUCCGAUCCCGUGAAUGUUUUAUGUCCUAUAGACACCAAUACGUUUAUUUCUGGAAGAGAUUCUGGUAUUGUUCAGUUAUGGGAUGUUCGUCAAAAUUCUUCGUGUACCACAAUUCAACCAUAUGAAGAAGUUGUUUUUGCCAUUCAAUUAGACCAACAACACCACCCAAACCAAGCACUGAUCACAAGUGGCGAUCGUUUGUGUUUAUAUAAUAUUCGCUACCCAAAGAUGCAGCUUAAAACAAUGUCUGACGAACAAGAAACGGAUCUUUUAUCUUGCGCUAUUGUUAAAAAUGGAUCCAAAGUAUUAUGUGGCACUUCUUCUGAUGGAGCUAUCUGCAUUUUUGAUUGGAACAACAUGAGUGAUAUGACUGACCGGAUAAUAAAUCAUAACGUUUCUGUCGAUCAUAUUAUUCCGUUCACAACAUUAGAAAAUAACCAAGAUGUUAUCAUCACAAGCAGUGGGGAUGGUAUCCUUCGCAUAUUAACAGUCUUUCCCCAUGAAGUUUUAUGUGUCAUUGGAAUGCACAACACAAGCGAUGAAUCUAUUGAAGCUUUAUCUAUGAGUAAAGAAAAAAAGUAUGUUGUAUCUGCCGCCCAUGACGAGACCCUAGUCGUUCAUAAGUUACCCACUCAGCAAGAGUUGAAAGAGAUACUAGCGAUGGAUAACGGCCAACGUGUCAAGUCCAAUACGCCGUCGAGCGCAAAAGAUGAUUUUUUUUCUGAUAUGUAGUCAAUCCUAUAUUUCAGUGACCAUAAAAUUUUAGACACUAAAUCAAUCAUUGUAAUGAUAUUUUCUAUUUAAAAGAAAAUAACUAACAUAAAACUUUUCGCUUAUACGACUUAUACGAGCCCAAUCAUACGCUAUUUUAAAAAUCUUUUUAUA